CAGAAAACAGCCGGGGCAUAAAAGCCAUAGCGAUGGAGCAGCAGACACACAAUCAGCAGCGAAAAGCAGGCGGAAAGAGAUCCCAGCAUCCAGGGGAACCGAACCGACAUCCGGGCAAUCGCUCUCACAGGUGCAGUCACUAUGAGCCGGACGCUGCUAGUCUCAGCUCUCCUGCUGGCAUUGGUGGACGCUUUUGCCGAAGGAGCUCCAGUAAAGAAUUGCCAACUUUCCCAAUACAAAUCCAUUUCCCCCCCAGAUAACCAAGCCUUUAAGGACUUCAGGGAUAAAUACAAUGAGAUGCUCCGGGACCCUGCUGCGGACUGUUCCGCCAGGAUCUUCCACCGGAAGCUGGACAAGCUGUCGGAAUGUCAAAACUUGCUGGCGCUGGAGAAGAAAGUGGAUGUGACCAUCAGGGUCAUUCAGAACCUCAGCGAUCCCGAGCUGGUCAGGAACGCGUCCAAGCCCCUGGAGAUCCUGGCGAGUAUCCAGGAGGACCUGAGGAGCUGUAUCCAGCUGAAGGGCCUGGGUGGCGACGUUGCUGCGCAGCAGCCCGUCCUCGCCAGAUGGCUCUGGAAAGCCCACGCCGGAAAAAGCGAGGGGUCUGCCAGAUGCCUGGAGGAAGCUAUGAUCUUCAACCUCUUCCGCCUACUGAACGAGCUGCAGAAUGUUGCCCACAAGUUCAACAAGUCCUGCCACUGAAACCCUGUCGCCGUCUACGGCCCUGCUGCCUCUAGACCGGAC